GUGUGUGUGUUUUUGUGCUGUAGCAGAUUCUGCAGGCGGGGGACACUAACCUGGACGGGCAGCUAGAUUUCGAGGAGUUCAGUCGGUACCUGCGGGAGCAUGAGAAGGAGCUCAGACUCAUGUUCCGCAGCCUGGACAGGAACAACGACGGGGAGAUCGAUGUGUCUGAGAUCCAGCAGUCUCUGCACAGUCUGGGGGUGUGUGUGUCCUACGCAGAGGCAGAGAAGAUAUUGCACAGUAUGGAUAAAGAUGGGACGAUGACUAUAGAUUGGAACGAGUGGAGAGACCACUUCCUGUUCAACCCCAUCACCAACAUGGAGGACAUCGCAUAUUACUGGAAACACUCUGUGGUCCUGGAUAUCGGGGAGUGUCUCACGGUCCCGGAUGAAUUCUCGGAGCAGGAGAAGCGCACAGGGAUGUGGUGGAAGCAGCUGGUGGCAGGGGGGAUGGCAGGAGUUGUGUCCAGAACGGGCACCGCUCCACUUGACCGACUCAAAGUGUUCCUGCAGGUGCACGGUUCGAGGGAUCGCAGCCUGCAUGUGCUGAGGGGUCUGCGGGAGAUGGUUGCAGAGGGGGGCUUACGCUCGCUGUGGCGGGGGAACGGAAUCAACGUUCUCAAAAUCGCACCCGAGUCCGCCAUCAAGUUCAUGGCUUACGAGCAGAUCAAGCGAGUGAUCAAAGGCAACGAGGGGACGUUGCGGGUGCAGGAGCGCUUUGUUGCGGGGUCCCUGGCAGGGGCAACAGCACAGACCAUCAUCUACCCCAUGGAGGUGUUGAAAACACGUCUGACCCUGCGUAAGACUGGCCAGUACUCUGGCAUGUGGGACUGUGCUCGACAGAUCCUGCACAGAGAGGGGGUGCGGGCGUUCUAUAAGGGGUAUGUCCCCAACAUGCUGGGCAUCAUCCCCUACGCAGGCAUCGACCUGGCCGUGUACGAGACCCUAAAGAAUGCCUGGCUCCAGAACUACAGCCACAGCUCUCCUGACCCGGGGAUCCUGGUUCUGUUAGCCUGUGGCACGACCUCCAGUACCUGCGGACAACUUGCCAGCUACCCCCUCGCACUGAUCCGAACCAGGAUGCAGGCGCAAGCCACAGUGGUGGGGGCUCCCCAGCUAUCCAUGUUUGCUCUGUUCCAACACAUAGUCUCCAGAGAGGGGAUCCCGGGGCUGUACCGGGGCAUUGCCCCCAACUUUAUGAAGGUCAUCCCGGCCGUCAGCAUCAGCUACGUGGUGUACGAGAACAUGAAGAGGGUGCUGGGGGUGGUGUCCAAGUGAGAGGAGAGGAAACCGGCACCAUUCAGGCUGCAGGUCGGAGGAGGAGCUGUGUGGGGAGCUGUAGGUGACCUGGAGCUAACAUGGCUCAGCUUUAUCAAACCGAAGGGCGCAGCCACAUUUUAACCUUUUUAAGAGUUCUAUAUUUUACUAUCUUGGAAACAGUGAAUCAGUGAAGGGCUCUUAUAAAGAAACCAUAGGACCUAAAGCACAGCUAUGACCAAAUGUUUACCUGGAAUGUUAGGACUGAAGAAAUGAACAUCAUUUAGAUGCUAAUCAAAGGAAGUACCGGGGAGCCCUAAUAGCAGUACAGUAUUUUAUUUUAGAUUUCGAAAUGUCACAUUUUUCAAUUUGUCCAUUUUAUUUGUUUAAAUA